AUGGACUUCGAAGUGAUCGCUUGUGUGUGGCUUCUAUACCGUCGCUAUAAAAGACAACGGCAGAGGCAAAGAGAAUAUUGGGUGCACCCAAUAUUACGAGAUAGACUGACGCAUGGAAUGUUUGUAACAUUGUAUCCACAAUUAAGGCAAUAUGAACCUAAGUUUUUUAAUUAUUUUAGAAUAUCCAUAAAAUCAUUUGAUGACUUACUCCAUGUUAUUAAAGUAGAUAUUACUGGUGAUUCAACGAUUUUAAGAGAUUCAAUUUGCGCAGAAAAACUCGUGAUAACGUUAAGAUACUUGGCCACAGGCUGCUCUUUCGCUGAUUUGCAUUACGGAUACCGUCUUGGAAAAUCGACAAUUAUAAAGAUAGUGGAACAAGUUUGUAAAGUACUAUGGAGCAAAUUGAAGUUUAUAUCUAUGCCUGAAAUGACAACAGAAAAGUGGGAAGAAGUAGAAGAAGGUUUUAAGAAAUACGCUAACUUCCCAAAUUGUAUUGGUGCGAUUGACGGGAAACAUAUUGAGCUAAUACAACCAGAACAUACAGGGUCGCUUUUUUACAAUUAUAAAACAUACUUCUCAUGA